CUCUCUCUUUCAUGUGCGUUCCGCUACAAUGGGCUCUCAUUUGUCUACCUCAUCUACCUCUUACUCAUUCCGCUGUUUUCUGAACCUACAAAAAUAACAAUGCAAGGGCAUACAGGGCGGUUAUUAAAAUCCUUGUGUUUCAUGAGUUUAACAUUUCUGCUUGUGCACAUCAUCUUUCAAAUCACAAUAGCCAGCCUUGAAGCUGCAAAAACUAUUCAACCUAAUUAUAACUGUUUGACAUGGGAAAAAGCACUAAGGCAGAUUGGAUUUGAAAGUGUGAAAGGGGCUGAUGCUGGCAACGGGAUCCGGAUUUUUGUUCCUGAUAUUCUCAUGUUUGUUGCUAGCCUGGUCACGUGGCUUGUGUGCAGAAACAUUGUUCAAAAGCCAGAGCAAGAAAAUUUGGGAGAAUACAAUGCACAGUUUGAAAAUGAAGACAUGAAUGAAAUUGAGAGAAUGGAAGCGGAAGAUGCAUUAAUAUGUGAAGAUCUAGAUGAUGCAGAAUGUGGAGAGGAAGAAUUUGAAGAAACCACAAAAUUAAAAAUACUCCGCAGAAUUGCCUCCAUAGCUUCCAAAGUGAAGGAAAUUAUUGGUAACCUUAUAACCACAGCUGGAAAAGUUGUUGUUACAAUUUUACUUGGUACAACAGGAAUGAUGUUGCCUUCCCUGACUUCAGCUGUAUAUUUCUUUUUAUUCUUGGGCUUGUGCACAUGGUGGUCCUGUUGUCGAGCAUUUGAUCCUCUGAUCUUCAGCUGCCUUUGUGUGUUAAUGACAAUAUUCAGUGGAGGCCAUUUAAUUGCACUUUAUCUGUACCAAUUACAAUUUUUUCAGGAAAUCAUUCCACCUGGUGACUAUUAUGCCCGGUUGUUUGGUAUCACUCCAGUUAUUCAGACCAACUGCUCAAGCACCUGGAAACUAAUAACCAAUCAAAAGUUGAAAUGGUAUCACCAUACCAACCCUAUCUUGCUGCUACUCUUAUAUUAUACCUUAGCAACUCUGAUUCGACUUUGGUUAAAUGAACCUAUUGUACAGCAGAUGCCUGAUGAUGACAAAGAUAUAAAUAAGGAAGAUGAAAUAGAGUGCACCCCUCAAAUAACUGCAGAUAGAAGACGCAGCUUGUGGUAUACAAGUCACUACACAACUGAUGAGAGAAAACUUUUGUCAAUGACUCAGGAUGAACACAAGCCAUCCGAUGUCCUGCUUGUGACCCUGAAUGGUACACCGGUUGAUUAUCAAAACAUACACCCUUUGCGCCCUAUAGAAAAUGGACCUGCUAGGACAGAUCUAUACUCAAGACCACAAUACAAGUGGGAUCCCUCAGCUAACGAUCUAGAAGAGGAGGAAGAGGAAGAGGAAGGGGAGGAGGAGGAAGAAGAAGAAAAUUCAGAAGAAGAAAAAAACUCCAAAGUUCAUGCAAUGGUCUCAGUUUUUCAUUUUAUCAUGAAACAGAGUUAUGUCUGUGCUUUGAUCGCCAUGAUGGCCUGGAGUAUUACUUACCACAGUUGGUUAACAUUUAUAUUAUUGAUAUGGUCUUGCAUACUUUGGAUGCUUCGUGACCGAAGGAAAUAUGCAAUGAUAAGUUCACCUUUUAUGGUGGUUUAUGGAAACUUAUUAUUAACAUUUCAAUAUAUAUGGAGUUUUGAGAUGAGCAAUAGUGAACUUCCUCAAGUUUCUGGAUUUCUAGAACGGAAAGACCCCCCUGAAUUAGGAUCAAAGAUACUUUUUGGACUUACUUUUUGGCUGCUGUUGAGACAACACCUCACUGAGCGGAAGUCUUUGCAAUUAAAUGAAACUAUUUUGUCAGAGGUCAAAAUUGGAGAGGAAGAGAGUGAAGAAAAAGAUGAUGAAUCCCAAAAAGAAGAAGAAUCCUCCAAAGAGGAUUCUUUGAAAGAGGAAGAAGACGGAGGGGAAUUAGAGGAGAAGAAGGAAGAGGACGAGGAGGAGGAGGUGGAAGAAGAGGAAGAGGAGGAAGAAGAUGAUGUAAUGAAAGUUCUAGGGAACAUGGUGAUGGCGAUGUUUGUCAAAUACUGGAUUUAUGUCUGCGGUGGAAUGUUCUUCUUUGUCAGCUUUGAAGGAAAAAUUGUCAUGUACAAAAUCAUCUAUAUGAUGCUCUUCUUGUUUUGUGUAGUUCUUUAUCAGGUUCACUAUGAAUGGUGGCGACGAAUUCUGAAAUAUUUUUGGAUGUCAGUUGUGGUUUACACUAUGUUAGUGCUUGUUUUCAUUUACACAUAUCAGUUUAAAGCAUUCCCUAACUUGUGGAAAAACAUGACAAACAUGAAUGAUGAUCAGCUAAAGGAUCUUGGCUUAGAACAGUAUUCUACAGCAGAAUUAUUCACUCGCAUUUUUAUCCCAACCUCCUUUCUAUUGGUAUGCAUAUUGCACUUGCAUUACUUCCAUGACCGAUUCCUCCAACUCACAGAUUUAAAAGCCAUAGUCAGAAAACAAGACAAUGCCAUUUACAGCCAUGCCAAAGUCAAUGGUCGUGUUUAUCUUAUAAUAAAUAGGUGGGUUUCUCUCAUUAACUAUGUGUUUGUGAUUGCCUGGGCUUUUGCUUUACCAUAUUCUCAGUUCCGUCCAUUGGCAUCUGGUGUCUGCACAGUUUGGACCUGUGUGAUUAUUAUCUGUAAAAUGUUGUACCAGCUUGAAUCUAUUAAUGUUACAUCAUUUUCUAUCAGUUGUCCAAUGCCUAAUACUACUGAAGAUCAGGAAAACCUGAAUGAAUCACUUCUCUACAAAAAACCCAUUGAUCCAACUGAGUGGGUUGGAUUAAGAAAGUCCUAUCCAUUGCUUGUGUACUUGAGGAAUAAUUUGCUGAUGUUGGCAAUUCUGGCCUUUGAAGUUACUGUUUACCGACACCAAGAAUACUACCGAUGUCAUAAUAAUCUCACUGCCCCAGAAACCAAAACUAUUUUUCAUGAUAUUACCAGAUUACAUUUGGAUGAUGGCAUAGUCAAUUGCCUUAAAUAUUUUGUAAACUACUUCUUCUACAAAUUUGGUUUGGAGAGUUGUUUCCUCUUGUCUGUAAAUGUAAUUGGUCAACGGAUGGAUUUCUAUGCAAUGAUCCAUGGCUUUGCUUUAAUUGCUGUUUUGUAUCGGCGGAGAAGAAAAGCUAUUGCAGAAAUAUGGCCAAAGUACUGCUGUUUUCUGUCAUGCAUUAUUACAUUCCAGUACUUCAUAUGUAUUGGCAUCCCACCUGCACCUUGUAAGGAUUACCCAUGGAGAAAUCCAAAUGCCAACUUCAACUCUAAUAUCAUUAAAUGGUUAUACUUUCCAGAUUUUAUUGUUAAGCCAAAUCCAGUCUUUCUUGUGUAUGAUUUCAUGUUGCUACUAUGUGCAUCCUUACAAAGGCAGACAUUUGAAGAUGAGAACAAGGCUGCUGUACGCAUCAUGGCUGGAGACAAUGUAGAAAUCUGCAUGAACCUUGAAGCAGCUUCAUUUAGUCAACACAAUCCUGUUCCUGAUUUUAUUCAUUGCCGAUCCUAUCUAGACAUGGGUAAAGUGGUUAUGUUCAGUUAUCUCUUUUGGUUUGUUCUCACUAUCAUCUUUAUAACGGGAACCACUCGGAUCAGUAUAUUUUGCAUGGGUUACUUGGUAGCCUGUUUUUAUUUUCUACUUUUUGGAGGAGAACUAUUACUGAAGCCAAUCAGAAGCAUCCUUCGAUAUUGGGAUUGGCUGAUUGCAUAUAAUGUCUUUGUGAUUACAAUGAAAAAUAUCUUAUCGAUAGGCGCAUGCGGCUACAUCAAGUCAUUGAUCAACAAUAGCUGUUGGGUGAUUCAAGCAUUCAGUCUGGCUUGUACAGUUAAAGGUUAUGACAUCCCUUUGGAUGAUCCAGAGUGUAAAUUGCCAAGUGGAGAGGCAGGAAUAAUCUGGGAUAGCAUUUGCUUUGCUUUUCUAUUGCUCCAAAGAAGAGUUUUCAUGAGUUACUACUUCCUUCAUGUUGUUGCUGAUAUUAAAGCUUCACAGAUUCUGGCUUCCAGAGGUGCUGAACUCUUCCAGGCCACAAUUGUGAAAGCUGUAAAAGCAAGAAUUGAGGAAGAGAAAAAAUCAAUGGAUCAAUUGAAGAGACAGAUGGAUCAUAUCAAAGCUAGACAACAGAAGUAUAAAAAGGGUAAAGAAAAGGUGCUGAGCAUGAGUGAAGAAGCCUCGGAUGUGCAAGAAAUUCAAAAGGUUGCUGAAGAAGAUGAUGAUGAUGAAGCAGACAAAGAAAAAACCAAGGGCAAAAAAAAGCAGUGGUGGCGGCCUUGGGUUGAUCAUGCUUCCAUGGUCAGAAGUGGAGAUUAUUAUUUGUUUGAGUCGGACAGUGAAGAAGAGGAGGAAGAGGAAGGAAAGGAAGAGGAAGAGCCUCCCAAAAGAUCUGCUUUCCAGUUUCUUUAUCAAGCCUGGAUUACUGAUCCUAAAACUGCCCUACGACAAAGGCGCAAAGAGAAAAAAAAGAAUAAAAAAAGGCAGAAAGUAUCUGAUGAUGUUGAAAUAGAUAUGGAGGGUGCAGAAAGAGAUGAACCUGUGAAAAGUAAAUCUGAUGGCCCUGAUAAUAUUUUUAAAAGAAUAUAUAACAUUUUGAAGUUUACCUGGGUUCUUUUUCUGGCAACAAUAGACAGUUUUACAGCUUGGCUAAAUUCAAUUUCAAGAGAGCACAUUGAUAUCUCCACAGUAUUAAGAAUUGAAAGAUGCAUGCUGACUAGAGAAAUAAAAAAGGGAAAUGUUCCAACUCGAGAGAGUAUCCAUAUGUAUUACCAGAACCAUAUAAUGAAACUUUCUAGGGAAUCAGGAUUGGAUGAAAUUUAUGAGCCUGGACAGGCUGAGAGGACUGCAAGUUUAGAAUCAGCAGCUUCUCGUGACAGUGAAUCCAGCUGCUGUACGGAAGCAACUACACUGUUGUUGUCCAGGCAAUCUACCCUUGAUGAUUUAGAUGGUCCAGACCCUAUUCCUAAAACAAGUGAACGUGCACGACCUAGGCUUCGUAAAACAUACAGCAUGGAUAUGUCCUCCUCAUCUGCUGACAGUGGCAGUAUAGUAUCAAGUGAGGCUACUCAAGUCACUAUGCUAUAUUCCCGUCAGGGGACGGCAGAAACUAUUGAAGAGGUUGAAGGGGAGGACCAUGAAGGAGAAGACGCAGAAGCUGAACCCAUAGAGGAACAUGAAAUGGAAGAUUAUUGUAUGGAUUCUGAAGGAGCUGCAUAUAUUUCUGAUUCAGAUAUGCCAUCCUAUUCUGGUUUGGAUGGCAUUGCUGAACCCCCUCCAUCAUAUAGCAAAGCUGUGAGCUUGGAACUUUUCCCCUUAGAUAGUUCCCAAGAUGAUUCAUCUAGCAGAAACCAAAUGAUGGUGAGCCCAGAUGAAAAUCAGUCUGAAAAACCAGAAGAUUCUAUUCUUCCUCCUUUGACACAUGAACUGACUGCAAGUGAAUUACUACUUAACAAAAUGUUUCAAGAUGAAGAACUAGAUGAAUCUGAGAAAUUCUACUCUGGUCAACCUCGACAUUUGCUUCUUAUUUAUGCGCUAUAUAAUACACUUGUAGCCCGCUCAGAAAUGGUGUGUUAUUUUGUGAUCAUUCUUAAUCAUAUGAUCUCUGCCUCCACAAUUACCCUUGUGCUUCCUAUCCUCAUCUUCCUUUGGGCAAUGCUAUCUGUUCCAAGGCCUAGCAAACGUUUUUGGAUGACAGCUAUAAUCUAUACCGAGGUUACAAUAGUGAUAAAGUAUUUUUUCCAGUUUGGAUUCUUCCCUUGGAAUAAACACUUAGAACUAAAAAAAGAUAGACCUUAUUUUGCUCCUAAUAUUAUUGGCAUUGAGAAGAAAGAGGGUUAUGUGCACUACGACCUUGUUCAACUACUUGCUUUGUUUUUCCAUCGGUCCAUUUUAAAGUGUCAUGGAUUAUGGGAUGAGGAAGAUGGAGGAGACAAUGGGAGUAAUAAAGAUGACUCAGAUGAUGAGUUGGCUGAAUCAUAUAGAAGAGAUUCCGCUGACUCUUUGACGUCAGUCAAUUUGGCAGCAUCUGUUGAAUCCAUACAUGUCCAUUUCCCAGAACAGCAAACCGCCAUCCGCAGGAAAAGUUCAAGCAGUGGCUCACAUUUGUCACAGAGAUCCAGUUUCUCCUCUCACCGUUCAAAGCGAGGAAGUACCAGCACACGCAACAGUAGUCAAAAAGGAAGCAGUGUGUCGAGCAUAAAAAGAAAGUCAAAAAAAGAGCUUCUGAUGGAAAAACUGAGAGAACAAUUUAUCAUUGCAAAGGCAUUUACAAUUAAAAAGACACUUCAAAUAUAUCUGCCCAUCAGACAGUUUUUCUACAAUCUUAUCCAUCCGGAAUACAGUGCUGUGACAGAUGUUUAUGUGCUGAUGUUCCUAGCUGAUACUGUGGACUUCAUUAUCAUUGUCUUUGGAUUCUGGGCUUUUGGGAAACAUUCUGCUGCAGCAGAUAUUACUUCUUCAUUAUCAGAAGACCAAGUCCCAGAGGCUUUCUUAGUGAUGGUACUAAUUCAGUUUGGAACCAUGGUAGUAGAUCGGGCACUGUAUCUGAGAAAGACAGUCAUGGGGAAAGUAAUCUUUCAGGUUAUCCUUGUCUUCGGCAUACACUUUUGGAUGUUCUUUAUCUUGCCCAUUGUGACAGACAGGAAAUUUAGUCAAAACAUAGUCGCCCAGCUUUGGUAUUUUGUGAAAUGUGUUUAUUUUGGAUUAUCGGCAUAUCAGAUACGUUGUGGCUAUCCAACCCGUGUACUUGGCAAUUUCCUCACAAAAAGUUAUAAUUACGUAAAUCUGUUUUUAUUUCAAGGGUUCCGCCUAGUCCCUUUCUUGACUGAAUUGAGGGCAGUUAUGGACUGGGUUUGGACAGAUACCACAUUAAGUCUUUCCAGUUGGAUCUGUGUUGAAGAUAUUUAUGCUCAUAUAUUCAUUUUAAAGUGCUGGCGAGAAUCAGAAAAACGAUAUCCCCAACCAAGGGGCCAGAAGAAAAAGAAAGUUGUGAAGUAUGGAAUGGGUGGCAUGAUUAUUGUCUUGCUGAUAUGCAUAGUGUGGUUCCCGCUGCUCUUCAUGUCUCUAAUUAAAUCUGUUGCAGGUGUCACAAAUAGGCCUCUUGAUGUAUCCAUCACAAUAACUUUAGGAGGUUACCAGCCUAUUUUUACAAUGAGUGCCCAGCAAAGUCAACUACAAAAUAUGACAAAUAGACAAUAUAAAGACCUCCUCAGAGCAUUUAAUAAGGAUACUGGUGCUUUACAAUUUCUAGAAAACUAUGCGAUAGAAGAUAUAACAGUGGCUCAGCUAGAAGGCAGUUCAAAUUCUUUAUGGACCAUCAGCCCUCCUAGCAGAAAAAAUAUGAUAAAAGAGCUCAAGGCAGAUAAUCCUGAUUUUUCUUUGGUUAUUUCAUGGAACAUUCAAAGAAACAUCUCUCUUGGAGCAAAAGCAGAAACAGUCUCAGAUAAAAUAUCUCACAAUCUUCCAGCUGAUACAAGAAAAAAAAUUGCAGCAAUGAUGGAAAACCCAAAUCAACAUAUAAACCACUCUGUGAUGCUUGCUGGAGUAUAUCCACAUUAUAUCAAAGCACCUAGUGAUAAUGCUGCAAAGCCUAUAAAACAACUUUUGGAAGGUGGGAAGUUUAAAGAUAUCACUGUUUCACUAUCCAAAAAUAACGAGUCUGCUCAACUUCAUGAAUGGUGGGUUUUAAACCAGAAGAACAAAUUUUUGGAGUCAAAUAAAACUAGAUUGGAACUAAUUGUGUUCAGUGACAAAGUCAGUCCUCCCAGUCUUGGAUUUUUGGCAGGUUAUGGAAUUAUGGGUUUAUAUGCUUCAGUUGUGCUGGUAAUAGGAAAAUUUGUCCGUGAAUUCUUCAGUGGAAUAUCCCACUCUAUUAUGUUUGAAGAGCUCCCCAACGUGGAUCGUAUUCUAAAGCUGUGUACAGAUAUCUUCUUAGUGCGGGAGACUGGUGAAUUAGAACUAGAGGAAGAUUUAUAUGCUAAGCUAAUAUUCCUGUACCGUUCACCAGAGACUAUGAUCAAAUGGACCAGAGAAAAAACAAAGUGA